AUGGGACGACCUAAACAGCACAAAUGUUUGAGGUGUGGGAAAACGUUAGCUUCCCAGGCAAGUCUUUUAAUUCACCACAGAGUCCACACUGGGGAGAAACCCUACAGUUGUCCAGAAUGUGGGAAAUGCUUUCCUCGGCAGCAGCGUCUCGUGAUCCACCAGAGACUUCACACAGGAGAGAAACCUUACAAAUGCAUGGAGUGUGACAAGUGUUUUGCUGAUCCUUCUUCCUUGGCGAAACACCGGAGUGUCCACACGGGCGAGAAACCCUACAAAUGCAUGGAGUGCGGAAAAUGUUUCGCUUUUGGCUCAGCCCUCGUGGUACACAACAGAAUCCACACUGGAGAGAAGCCCUAUACGUGUACAGAGUGUGGGAAAUGUUUCAGCUCCCAGUCUCAGCUUGCGCCACACCAGAGCGUUCAUACAGGGGAGAAAAGCUACAAAUGCAUGGAGUGUGGGAAAAGUUUCAUGAUCCGGUCCCAGCUUGUGAAACACCAGAGGGUUCAUACAGGGGAGAGAAGCUACGAAUGCAUGGAGUGUGGGAAAUGUUUUGCUGCCAAAUCUAACUUAGAGAUCCACCAGAGAGUCCACACGGGAGAGAAGCCCUAUAAAUGCACCGAGUGUGGGAAGUGUUUUGCUUACCACUCGUCUUGUAUGAAACACCAGAGAAUCCACACUGGAGAGAAACCUUACCAAUGUCCGGAAUGUGGGAAAUGUUUUUCUCACCAGCCAGAUCUUAAGAUGCAUAAACGAGUCCACACCGGAGAGAAACCCUAUCAGUGCUUGCAGUGUGGAAAAUGUUUUGGUUAUGAAUCCAAUCUUGCGAGGCAUCGCAGACUCCACACCGGGGAGAAACCUUACAAAUGCAUGGAGUGUGGAAAGUGUUUUGCUGACCAGUCGAGCUUUUUGACGCACCAGAGAAUCCACACCGGGAUGAAACCUUGCAAAUGUAUAGAGUGUGGGAAAUGGUUUACUCAGCCAUCGUGCUUAUUGAAACACCAGAGAGUACACACAGGAGAAAAGCCAUACGAGUGCCCCAAGUGUGGCAAAUCUUUUACUCGUAGCUCAAGCGUUGUGAAACACCAACGGUCCCACACCGGAGAGAAACCCUAUGAGUGUGGGCAGUGUGGCAAGUGUUUUGCUCACUAUUCCGGCCUUAGGCUGCACCACCGAGUGCACACUGGAGAAAAACCUUACAAAUGCUCAGAGUGCGGCAAGUGUUUUGCAUCCCGCUUAGGUUUAGUGGAACACCAGAGAGCUCACACGGGGGAGAAGCCGCAUAAAUGCUUGGAGUGUGGGAAAAGCUUUGCUCGCCAUUCAAGUCUUACAACGCACCAGAGAGUCCACACGGGAGAGAAGCCCUAUAAAUGUGUGGACUGUGGGAAGUGUUUUGCUCAGCACACACACCUAGCAACACACAAGAGAAUCCACACAGGGGAGAAGCCUCACAAAUGUCCCGACUGCGGGAAAGGCUUUGCGCAGCGCGCCCACUUUGUGAUUCACCAGACAAUCCACUCGGGAGAGAAACAGUUCAAGUGCUUGGAGUGUGGGAAAUGUUUCGCUCACAAUUCAACUUUGGUCAUCCAUCACAGACUGCAUACGGGAGAGAAACCCUAUAAAUGCCUCGAGUGCGGGAAAUGUUUUCUACAGCAGUCGCGUCUUGUGUCUCAUGGACGGGUGCAUACGGGAGAGAAACCCUAUCAGUGCCCUGAGUGUGGGAAAUGGUUCCGUUACCACAGUAAUCUUGUGAUUCACCAGAAGGUCCACAUAGGAGGCAAACGAAACCAGACUAAGCCAAAGAAAGCCCAUACAAGCACAUUCUUGACAUGGUUAGCCAGUGUCAAGAAGUUCCUUAGCAAGGCCUAUCUUAUCAUUGUUGUCCUUGUUCCAGCACAUCUCAGAGAUGACUUGAGGAAAAACAACCAAUGUUGCGUGUGUAGGAAGUGUUUUACUCAGAAACUUAAUCUCCCCAGACACCAGAGAGCCCACAUGGGAAGACCUAAACGGCACAAAUGUUUGAGGUGUGGGAAAACUUUGGCUUCCCAGGCAAGUCUUUUAAUUCACCACAGAGUCCACACUGGGGAGAAACCCUACAGUUGUCCAGAAUGUGGGAAAUGCUUUUCUCAGCAGCAGCGUCUCGUGAUCCACCAGAGACUUCACACAGGAGAGAGACCUUAUAAAUGCAUGGAGUGUGAGAAGUGUUUUGCUGAUCCUUCUUCCUUGGCGAAUCACCGGAGUGUCCACACGGGCGAGAAACCCUACAAAUGCAUGGAGUGCGGAAAAUGUUUUACUGCCAAAUCUAACUUAGAGAUCCACCAGAGAGUCCACACGGGAGAGAAGCCCUAUAAAUGCACCGAGUGUGGGAAGUGUUUUGCUUACCACUCGUCUUGUAUGAAACACCAGAGAAUCCACACUGGAGAGAAACCUUACCAAUGUCCGGAAUGUGGGAAAUGUUUUUCUCACCAGCCAGAUCUUAAGAUGCAUAAACGAGUCCACACCGGAGAGAAACCCUAUCAGUGCUUGCAGUGUGGAAAAUGUUUUGGUUAUGAAUCCAAUCUUGCGAGGCAUCGCAGACUCCACACCGGGGAGAAACCUUACAAAUGCAUGGAGUGUGGAAAGUGUUUUGCUGACCAGUCGAGCUUUUUGACGCACCAGAGAAACCACACCGGGAUGAAACCUUGCAAAUGUAUAGAGUGUGGGAAAUGGUUUUCUCAGCCAUCAAACUUAUUGAAACACCAGAGAGUACACACAGGAGAAAAGCCAUACGAGUGCCCCAAGUGUGGCAAAUCUUUUACUCGUAGCUCAAGCGUUGUGAAACACCAACGGUCCCACACCGGAGAGAAACCCUAUGAGUGUGGGCAGUGUGGCAAGUGUUUUGCUCACUAUUCCGGCCUUAGGCUGCACCACCGAGUGCACACUGGAGAAAAACCUUACAAAUGCUCAGAGUGCGGCAAGUGUUUUGCAUCCCGCUUAGGUUUAGUGGAACACCAGAGAGCUCACACGGGGGAGAAGCCGCAUAAAUGCUUGGAGUGUGGGAAAAGCUUUGCUCGCCAUUCAGGUCUUACAACGCACCAGAGAGUCCACACAGGAGAGAAGCCCUAUAAAUGUGUGGACUGUGGGAAGUGUUUUUCUCAGCAAACACACCUAGCAACACACAAGAGAAUCCACACAGGGGAAAAGCCUUACAAAUGUCCCGACUGCGGGAAAGGCUUUACGCAGCGCGCCCACUUUGUGAUUCACCAGACAAUCCACUCGGGAGAGAAACAGUUCAAGUGCUUGGAGUGUGGGAAAUGUUUCGCUCACAAUUCAACUUUGGUCAUCCAUCACAGACUGCAUACGGGAGAGAAACCCUAUCAGUGCCCUGAGUGUGGGAAAUGGUUCCGUUACCACAGUAAUCUUGUGAUUCACCAGAAGGUCCACAUAGGAGGCAAACGAAACCAGGCUAUGCCACAGAAAACCCAUACGAGCGAGAGGCGCUCUGGAACCCAAGGCGGUGUACGUAAUCCUCCUCCUCUCCAUUUUUAUCCUCACAACAACAACAACCUUGUGAGCACAAAAUUCAAAGAUGGGGCAUUCCUUUCCUAAGAGUGGAAAACAUCAAAGCCACCGCCGCACAGGAAAGAGAACUGUAUGAACGGCUUUUAUGCAGGAAAAUGUUGUGCCAGAAAGAAGCAGUCUUUCAUAACAGAAGCCAUCAGAAAAGAUGCCGUCCGGACACCAGAAGGUUCAUGCAAAGCGAGAAGUUUUAGAUAACAGUUUUGAUAGGGCAUCUGAAGAAAUUGCAUGAAGAGUGUUAACAUUUCCAAAAACUUUGCAAAUUGUGGAAGGAGACUAAUGUUUUACUGUUUAUUGCUAAUUAUAUAUGAUGUAAGUGUUUGUGAUGUUUCACUGAUUAUUGCUAUUCAGGAUGUAAGUGCUGUUUGGACUGAUUUGGCUAGAGACUAUGAGAAAUACAAAUACCAUGUUACAGAGAUGGUCGUGGAUCUUGCAAGAAUUGCAAUUUGUCUACCAAUUUAUCAAAGGCAAGGACAAUGUGAUUGCUGACAGACUAUCCAGAUGAGUUUCUGUGCUGGUGAGGACUUUGUGAAACACACCAAGAACAUUUCUUCAAUUUUGGACACUGCAUGUCCUUGGGAGCAAGAAGUAUGCUCUGUUUCAUUUUAAGGUUUGGGGGAGAUGUGACGUUUUACUGUUUAUUGCUAAUUAUAUAUUAUGUAAGUGUUUGUAAUGUUUUACUGAUUAUUGCUAUUUAGGAUGUAAAUGCUGUUUGGACUUUGGAUGGUAAGUGGUUAAUUCUGUUGGGAGGGGGAGCAAGUGGAUAGAACGUUGGAGUGAAUGCUGAUUGGCUGUUGGAGUCAGGUAUUUGAAUGACAGCUAGCAGUUAGAAGCAGCAGUUAGGAGUUGUGUGUGGAGAGUUGACAGAGUGAGAGGUUGUCUGGGUUUGUUUGCUAAAGGGUUUAGAACAGAGUAGGAUCAAUGUGUUUAUUAUUUGGGGGAAAGAGUGAAUGAUAGGAGAUAGUGGGUAGAGUUCUCUGGUGUACCAAGUCCAAUUCAGCACACAAGGAGGAGAGGAGAUGAAGUAUGGGUCAAACAAUGUUUAUUCUGCAGAAUAAGAGAAACAAGGAGCUAAUUGCUGCAAAGCAUGUGCCUACCACACAAGGGAGGUAGCUAGCUCUUAUACACUAUCUUCUCUGGUGUCACAUACGUCUAUGACACAUCUAACAGGAAAUUUCUAGCUGAAAAGUCCAAUACUUGGCACGUUCUUAUUUGGGGAAAGAGUGAAUGAUAGGAGAUAGUGGGUAGAGUAGGCAGGGUUACAUAGGAUACUGGAUUGUAACAAACAAGUAUUGCAAUAAAUGAAACCAUAAGAUUUAUAAACUGCAUGAACUUAAUUAUUGUUAAAUAAAAGUUAUUUUGUUUCAUAAA